GCAGCUGGUUCAAUAUCCGUGAAACUAUAUACCGAGAAGUAAGCGUUAUCUCUGGGCGUCAACCGUCAACGCUUAAUAUCACGCCAAUAUGCAGUAUGUGCCUUUUGGAACCGACUCGUUGCAUUUUUGCAACAAUCAAAAUUAGUUUGCUAAUUGAACGUACGCGUGCUUCAGCAAAGAAAUUAUUCUUGGAAAUAUAAAAAUCAAUUUUUAUUUCGUACAAAAUUAUUCAGAGUAAUUUAACUAAAAAAAAUAAUUAUAUUUUACAAACGGGAAAAUUUGCAGAUCAAAAAUUAUGUUCUGGAGAGAAACAUGUUUUGAGAACGAAUAAUAUUUGCAAACCUGUGUCAUCGUGUCUGGUUUUGAGAGGAGGGUCUAUCAAAAAGCUUAUUUUUUAUCAUUAUCGAUCCGUGGCAGUUUUUGCCGGUGCGUCACUUAUUUCUUCUCAAUUACUCUUCUCUACCGUCCCGCGAAUAGUGCAUGCAACAUGGUUGGAAAGCGAAAAACACAGAUUGCGUUGCUCUCGGCCAUAUUUCUCGUGUGCAACCUGCUCUUGCUGCACACCGCAAUGGAUUCCCUCAUUUUCGCCGACCCUGAGACGAGUUUGUGGCUGUCUUGCCCUGAGCCCGGGAGCACCUUCGUGACGGCCGACGUGGGCGGCAGGCUGGGAAACAUCGUCUGGACCUAUCUCUCCGUGGUUGCCGCGGCUCGGAGGCACAACCUGAGGCCCGUCAUCGACCAGCGGACCCUGGACGUCCUCUCCACGGACGCUUUCGAGCGGAAUUUCCUGCGCGUACCCUCCGUCGAGUGGCUGGAGCGAAGGUGCGGCCUCAAGGGCGCCCUGAUGGCCGCAGUUCGCAACCAAAGCGAAAGGAUCGCGUCCAGGCAAGAUUUUUUCAGCCUCUUGGAGGAAUUUCCGCAAGACCAAAUUCGCGUUUUGAAAUACAAAAUUUACGUGACCGACUCGGAACUGACCACGACCUUUUGGAACGAGUUGAAGAGGGAGCUGCAAUUAAAAACGCAACUCCAAAAUAAGGCGGAUAGCGAGUUGAGGCGAAUUGGAGAAGAAUUCCAGGCUCGAACUGGCAUUCAAGCGGCGCACGUAGAGUUUGUAGGAAUCCACGUGCGCCGCACCGAUUACGGCAAGCACUUGUCCUUAAUUCUUCCCGGCUCCGUCGAGGCGGGUUCCGAAUUUUUUCACGCGGCAAUCGAAUGGCUGAAGAAGCGCCUGUGGAAACCUCUGGUUUUCGUCGUGGUCAGCGACGACCCCGCGUGGACGCAGCAAUACAUCGUCGGAAAUAGAAGCGAAAUAUUUUUAGCAGGAAGCAGCAACAUCGACGCGCCUGGCGAGGAUUUGGCGAUUCUGGCUGCAUGCCAGCACAGCAUCUUCGCGUACGGCACUUUCGGUUUGACGGCCGCCUUUCUGGCCAGCCGGCCAGGCGGCCACACGGUGCUGUUCGACCCGCAAAACGGCGGCGUCACCAAGGAAAUGGAGUUCGGCGCCAACCUGCCCGGCUGGCACAUCAUGGACCAGCACGGAAACCUCACUUACCAGAAUACGCCCAUCUCAUUUCACUACUUUCUGCAUCCGCACAAAGCAAGAAAGUUUGAUUAGCAACUAAGUGGAUAAGUGGUCAAGAAAUGGACAAGUUAUGUAGUUCAAGUGGAAUAGACAAUCUCGCAAUUUAGUAAUGUUUUUAUAUAUGUUUCUUGGAAAUUCAAAAUGCUCAAAAUGAUAACAGUUAUUAUUGCU